UGGGGGUACAUAAGAUACGGAGCUGUGGAGUUUAAAAUAGCAAAGUCUGCUAGUUUCCGCGGCAGUAGUGCGUCGGCAUUGCUGUAAGACGUAUGGCUGUUGGACAUGACUGCUGCAAACAUUAUGUUGUUUGUUAUAGGUGUGAUCUUGUUUGUUACUAAUGGAAUAUCAUGUGUACCACGAAUGCCUCCAAAACCCGUAUAUAAUUCGAAGGGUUCUGCUUCGUUAAGGUAUUUGGACACCGUGGAUGAAAACGUUUGUGGAUACAAGGCAUGUCCAAAGCCAAAACCUGGUUAUCUGAAUGUGCACUUGGUGGCACACACACAUGAUGAUGUUGGUUGGCUGAAAACAGUGGACCAGUAUUACUAUGGAAGCCGUUCUAUGACACAGAAGGCUGGUGUUCAGUAUAUAUUAGACUCGGUGAUUCAGGCUUUGGCCCGUGAUCCAUCAAAAAAGUUUAUUUAUGUUGAAACAGCCUUUUUCUGGAAAUGGUGGAAAGAACAACAUGACUCUGUUCGCCACCAGGUAAAAAGGCUUGUUAGUUCCGGUAGACUGGAGUUUACUGGAGGUGCAUGGAGCAUGAAUGAUGAGGCUGGGACACAUUACCAGUCCACGAUUGAUCAGUUUACAUGGGGAUUGAGGAAGCUCAAUGACACUUUCGGGGAAUGUGGAAGACCUCGAGCUGGAUGGCAGAUAGAUCCAUUUGGUCACUCACGUGAAAUGGCUUCUAUGUUCGCACAGAUGGGAUAUGAUGGUUUGCUGUUUGGUCGAUUAGAUUACCAAGAUAAAUCGACAAGACUUAAGUCAAAGACAGCAGAAAUGAUCUGGCAAGCUAGUGCUAAUUUAGGAAAGGCAAGCGAGCUGUUUACCAGUGUUUUGUUCAACACUUAUAGUCCGCCUCCAGGAUUCUGCUUUGAUGUUUUGUGUGCUGAUGAACCAAUCAUAGAUGACAAGGACAGUCCUGACUACAAUGUUGAUGAAAGGGUGAAACUUUUUACUAAAUAUGCAGAAAAACAAGCUGACUUUUACACUUCCAGCAACAUAUUAAUCACAAUGGGAGAUGAUUUUCACUAUCAGGAUGCUCAUAUGUGGUUUAAGAAUCUGGAUAAACUAAUUUGGUAUGUCAAUGCAAACAAAUCAAAUGGAACCAAAUUAAAUGUGUUCUACUCAACACCUGCGUGCUAUUUAAAGGCUCUUAAUGAUCAAGAUCUGAUGUGGCCUGUGAAAAAUGAUGACUUUUUCCCUUAUGCAAGUGAUCCACAUUCCUACUGGACUGGUUAUUUUACAUCAAGGCCAACCAUGAAAAGGUUUGAACGAUUAGGGAAUAAUUUUUUGCAGGUCUGCAAACAACUUUAUGCCCUGGCUAGUGUGGGACCCGAAGACUGGAAAGAUCUGAACAGGAUGAGAGAGGCAAUGGGUGUCAUGCAGCACCACGAUGCUAUAACAGGUACAGAGAAGGAGCAUGUAGCAAAGGAUUAUGCCCGGAUAUUGUCAGAUGGCUUUUCAGAAUGCCUUGAAGCUAUUGAGGCAGCUUUUAAGAAAAUUAUACCAAAGUCAUCAGUGGUGAAAGAUGAACUUUCAGAAAUACCAAUCAAGCCAUGUUUGAAGCUCAAUGUGAGUGAGUGCCAGGUAUCGGAAGUGAAUAAUUCUUUUGUUGUUUUUGUAUACAAUCCAUUGAGCUAUCCUACAUCUCACUAUGUGAGACUUCCAGUGACUUCAACUUCAUACAGCGUAAAAGACCCAAAUGGGAAGGAACAAAUUACUCAGCUGGUCCCGAUACCUGAGCCUGUCCUGACCGCACCUGGUAGAAUGAGUGACGCUAAAAAUGACCUGAUAUUCAAAGCCACAGACUUGCCGCCAUUAGGGUUCCGAGCCUAUUACGUUACCAAACUGAAUAAAGAGCAACAGAAAGAACAUACAAGUGAAAAACUUGAUGAAGCACAUGAAAUAGGUCAUAAGAAAUUUAGUCUGAAGUUUGAUGAUGUUACUGGGAAAAUAAAAAGUAUUGUGAGCCAAGGACAUGAGAUAAAAGUUAAGCAGGAUUUCUACUACUACAAAGGGUUCCUUGGAAAUAAUGAAGUAUUUGAGAACAGAUCUUCAGGUGCAUAUAUUUUUAGACCUAAUGGCUCUGAAGCAGUGCUUGCAAGUUCAUCUGUAAAACAGAAAAUUAUCAAAGGUCCACUUGUUGAUGAAGUUCAUCAAGUCUUCUCAGAUUGGAUUAGCCAAGUUGUUCGAGUUUACAAAGGAGAGAACCAUGCAGAGCUAGAAUGGAUGGUUGGACCUAUACCAAUUGAGGAUAAUAUUGGCAAAGAAGUAAUUACCAAGUUUAGUUCCUCAAUUCAAAAUCGGGGCGUAUUUUAUACUGACUCAAAUGGCAGAGAACUCCUAUGGCGUAAGCGUAAUUACCGACCCACUUGGAAUCUCAGCAAUGCUGAACCAAUUGCAGGAAAUUACUACCCUGUGACAACAAGAAUUCUCAUACGGGACAAGGAUGCAGAGUUGGCAGUCAUACCUGACAGAGCUCAAGGAGGAUCUAGUAUAAAGGAUGGAGAGAUAGAACUAAUGGUGCAUCGUCGACUACUCCACGAUGAUGCAUUUGGUGUGGGUGAAGCACUGAAUGAAACUGCAUAUGGCAAAGGCCUCAUUGCAAGAGGACAACACUACAUUGUAGGAGGUGCCAUAAAGACAUUUAAGAACAUUUCUUUGGCUGCUCAAGAGCGAAUGCUAAUCCAACAGAAAGUGUUAGCUCCCUGGAUAUUCCUUGCUCCAGCAGAUGAUAUUUGUUUUGAGCAGUGGCAAGAGACAUACAAGAUGGAGUAUUCUGGACUGAAGAAGAGCUUGCCACCGAAUGUGCAAAUACUUACACUGGAACAGUGGAAGGGUACAGCAUUGCUUUUGCGUAUUGAACACAUUCUGGAAAAAACUGAUGACCCUGAUUUGUCAAAACCAGUUACCAUCAAUCUUAAGGAUGUCUUUGCUCCAUUUUCGAUUAAAUCUGCUCGUGAAACAACUCUUGGAGCAAAUCAAUGGCUGUCUGAUUCGAAACGUCUGAAAUGGAGAGUAGAAUCAAAUGAUAUUCAUCGUGAUACUUACUCUCGUCAUUCAUCCUCUUAUUAUUAUGAUGAUGAUGAUCUCACCAUUACACUCAAUCCAAUGCAAAUUCGUACCUUCAUUAUUGAAGUGAAAGGGAAAUUUUAUGGUAUCAAAUCAAGAAGUUAACAACAAGGACAAUAGUGUGUAAUACGGAGGCAGAUAUUAUUUAUGCCACUGGUGUUUAAAAUUUUAGUCUACAACAAAAGAAGUGCUCAAUUAUUGUGCUAUUUGUGGUUUCCAUUUUUAGGUAAGGAGAUAUUAUUAAGUUUUAGCUAACUGUUAUGUUUGUGUAGUUGAAAAAGUGUUUUAAGUUUCUCUGUUAUACAUUUUUGUAAAUAAAGUGUUUUCUAUCUUUUUGUAA